AUGGAAAGGAUACACCAACAGCACUACUUUCUUGAUUCUGUUCAAUCAAAUCGAAUUUCCACCAUGUCCUCCUCGUUGAUGCAAGGACCCGAAUUCCAGCACAUUUUGCGUAUUCUCAAUACCAAUGUGGAAGGAAAGCGCAAUGUUGUGUUUGCUCUGACCAAGAUUAACGGUUUGGGACGUCGUUUCACGGACUUGAUCUGCAAAAAGGCCGAGAUUGAUGUCAACAAGCGUGCUGGAGAAUUGACUGCCGAUGAGAUUGAAAAGGUUGUGGCUGUCAUCCAAAACCCUCGUCAGUUCAAGAUCCCCCUUUGGUUCUUGAAUCGACAAAAGGAUUACAAGACGGGAAAGUACUCCCAAAUCUUUGCACAGAGCAUUGCCGCCAAGCUCCGUGAUGAUAUCGAACGCAUGAAGAAGAUCCGUGCUCACCGUGGUUUGAGACACUGGUGGGGAAUCCGAGUUCGUGGACAGCACACAUGCUCUACUGGACGUCGUAAGCAUUAA